AUCAAGUCUGGAAGCAGGGACUCAAAUUUAACAGAAUCCACCUUAAAAUCUCUGCCCUAACUCCAACCCACCUUCUGCCAAACCGAGUAAGAAUUUCAGGAGCAAAAGGGAGCAGUGAAAUUUGGAGUUAAUAAGACAAUAUAUCUUCGCUGAGAGGGAAAACAAAUAUUGCGAGAGAACCUAUUUGGACUUGAGAGACGGUAAGUACUCUCAAAGCAGAAAAUUUGAUGAUGACCAUGACUGCUAUGGCUGACGGUCUGGAAGCUCAAGACUCGUCCAAGUCUGCCUUCAUGGAGUUCGGUCAGCAAUCUCAUUCACAGCAAAGCUCCCCGUCCAUGGCCGCCAGCCACUACCCGCUCCACUGUCUCCAUUCGGGGUCUCACUCGCACCACCAGCACGAUAACUCCCCGUACUCCGCUACGAACUCCUACAACAGAUCGCUACCAUACUCCUAUGUGAGUCAUUCCCACCACAGUCCAUACCUACCGUCUUACCACAGCAACAACACAGCCAGCCAAACUCGGUUAGAUGGCACAGAGCAGCAGAAAACGACAGUAAUUGAAAACGGCGAAAUUCGUUUUAAUGGCAAGGGAAAGAAAAUUCGCAAACCUCGGACGAUUUACUCCAGUUUGCAGUUACAGGCAUUAAAUCACCGCUUCCAGCAAACGCAAUACCUUGCACUGCCUGAACGGGCAGAGCUAGCUGCUUCACUCGGACUUACUCAGACACAGGUAAAAAUUUGGUUUCAAAAUAAGAGGUCAAAGUUCAAGAAGCUUCUGAAACAAGGGGGUAACCCUCACGAGACUGACCCACUGCCUGGUUCAAUCGCUCUCUCACCGCGAUCUCCGGCAAUCCCUCCAAUAUGGGACGUUUCGUCGAACACUAAAGGAGUAAACAUGCCCGCAAACAGCUAUAUGGCCGGCUAUUCCCACUGGUACUCUUCUCCGCAUCAGGACACAAUGCAGAGAUAGGUUUCCACGGAAAUCACUAUGUAUCUAGGCCCAAGGCCUGGGCACAGAGGUUCUAAUCCAAACCCGUUUUAUCUGCAUCAUUGAUUUCUGACAUUUGAAAAACAAGUGGCCGUCAAACACUGAAAGACAUUACAAAGGAAAGUUAGAACUUUUUAAGGACAACCGUGGAUGGGUGUUCUGAUGAGACAAAUUCCAAAGGAAUGAACAUUGCAGUUAAACAUUCUCUUGGUUGUUCAGUGGGAUAUCUCCUAUCUUGCUUCCUUUUUCAUUCUAAAGUGGACUUCAAUAACCAAACGCAACACGAAAAAGAAAUUGAACACGAAAGGGAUCAUUUCAGACAUUGUUCUCCAGAGACCAUACGAAAUCCAAUUUUAAGAUGAACCGAAACCUGUUAUCUUUGCAAUGCCACUGACCAUUUUAAACAUGCAAAGCGAGGCAGUGUGAAUAUGUAUAUAUUGUCCAAUUUUAGUUGUAUAUACUUUUUAUGUUUUUAUGUUUUGUCUUUCAUAUAUGGAGUAAAACAUGACUAAAAAUAACGUCUCAUGUGUUUGAUGCCGGAUAUACAACAAUGAAAUGUUGACAUCCUCCAAAUGGGAAAGGUGUAUAUUAAAUAUAGUGUUUAGUUUUAGAGGUGCGUUUGUCUUCGAUUGUGAAUAUCGAACUCCAACAUCUAAAUAUUAUUACGCUCCGUGCAUCUGAAUGUUAUUUACGCAUGCAAGACGUGGGCUUUAUAGUCACGUCGUAUGUUAAAUACCCUAAUAUGUUCAUAAAACAUGGCAUAAUUGGUCAUUUUAGAUUCGGUAGAUUUAUAACCCAAGGAAGACACACACACAUUUCUACCAAACGAUUAAAAGAGACAUUC